UUGACAUUCACCAGCACGGCCCAAUUGUAAUGUUCCAUAAAGUGUAUUUGUAACACUUUAUAAAGUAACAAACAGGAGCACUGUGUUAAUACAAACUGUUAAUGAAAUUGCCUGUCAUGUAAUGGCUAAAACCAGACGCAAGAGCAGAUCACACUGGUCCAUAAUGCUUUGUCCAGUCAGCUUGAUUGCUUCUCUGCUCUGCUGUCCAGACUCUCUGAAGAUUCAUCAUGAAGAUCCAGCUCCUGUCGUGUCUGCUGGUGGUCCUGCUGUGUGUCUGUGGCAUGGCCCAGGGCUCAUCAUUCCUCAUGGGAAGACAACCAGAACAAGACCCAGAUCUUCAGGAGACCCCAUAUGAGAAGUUCCUCAGGCAACAUGUGAUUGGUGAAAUGGAUGCAAAGGACUGUACGAAAGUUAUCAAGAAGAAGUCUAUAGCAUCCAAUGGAAAGUGCAAACCUGUGAACACUUUCAUAGUUACCUCCAAUAAGUUGCAGGUUGACGAAGUCUGUACUAAAGGAAAGCGUUUUAAUCCAAACUAUAGACAAAGUGUCAACAAGUUUAAUGUGGUGACAUGUCGAAAGGCCAAGGAUGAAAAGCUACCUUGUGCCUAUGAAGGAAAGAAGCAAGACCGUUAUGUUGUACUUGUGUGUGAAGAUGGCCUCCCUGUCCAUUUUAACAAGACUGUCAAAAUGUUCAACACGACCACCUGGCUUGGUCUUUCAAAAUCAGAUUCCUAAACUUGCAUUCCUAAAGUUGCCAUAAUGCUUUAUUUGUAAAGUCUUUAUGCAGUUCACUGCACUGCUAUCACAAUGCCAUGUAUGUUAUCUUCUAGAGAGUCAGAAAGGAAAAUAGCAAAGAUUGUUGCACUAUAUGUCCUAUGACUUUUUGAGUAUUUGCUUGACAGAGAUUUAUUUGAGAGUAAAUUUUAACAUGAAUUCAGCUUAAUAAAGGCAUAUUCUGUGGCAGU